AUGCUCCCUUCCCAGAUCUCUGUCAACAUCUCCUUCUUCCAGCCAUCUGCAUUUAUGAUGAUUGGAAUCCCAGGACUGGAGACUGUUCAUGGUUGGAUCUCCAUCCCCUUCUCUUCCAUGUACACUGUGGCCCUGACUGGAAACUUCCUGAUCCUCCUGGCUGUGAAAAGGACCCCUAGCUUACACCAGCCCAUGUAUUACUUCCUGUCCAUGCUCGCCCUCACUGACGUGGGCCUCACCUUGUCUACACUGCCCACUACAUUGGCUGUGUUAUGGUUUGAUCAUCGUCUCAUUGGCUUCAAUGCCUGCUUGGUCCAAAUGUUCUUCCUACAUUCCUUCUCUGUGGUGGAGUCCUCAGUGCUCCUGGCCAUGUCAUUUGACCGUUUUGUGGCCAUAUCUAACCCCUUGCGCUAUGCAGCUGUCCUCACAAAUAAUGUCAUCAUCAGGAUUGGAUUGGUCAUUGUGGCUCGAGCCACUAUGUCCCUCUUCCCAGUGCCAUUCUUGCUUAAGCGAUUGAACUUCUGCCCAGGCAAGAUCCUCUUGUCUCACUCCUUCUGUUUCCAUGCAGAUGUCAUGAAACGAGCUUGUGCUGACAUUACAGUCAACAUCCUUUAUGGUCUCUAUGUAGUCCUGUCCACAGUGGGUGUAGACUCCCUGCUUAUUGUUAUGUCUUACACCCUGAUUCUUCAUACAGUGAUGGGUCUAGCCUCUCCCAGAGAGCGCCUCAGGGCCCUCAAUACCUGCGUAUCUCAUAUCUUAGCUGUUCUGGUUUUCUACAUCCCAGUCAUAGGUGUGUCCAUGAUCCACCGUUUUGGGAGACAUCUACCCCACAUAGUACAUGCUCUUGUUGCCUAUGUGUACCUGGUAGUACCUCCUGUUCUCAACCCUAUCAUUUAUAGUGUCAAAUCCAAGCCCAUCAGGGAAGCCAUGAUCAAGGUGCUGAAGGCAAAGGGGUAA